AUGCACAAGGUGCUCGAGUCCCUCGCAGCACUUGACGGCAGAGGCAAGCGCUCAAGAUACGAGGGCGGUUGCAUGGAUAGCGUGCAGAAGGCGGCAUUCGACCAGCUGCUGCACUCGCAUGCGGCGCUCGACGCCAAGAUUGAUGGCGCUGCUCAGUGUCUCGGGGGCGUCGACGAGAUCAAAGCCAGUGUCCAGCGCCUGGAGACGUUGACGCUCAAGAGCGCCGAGGACAUCAAAGACCUCAUGGACACGAUCCUGCCUCCGGGCAUUUUAACCCCGGCUCGACUGAAUCAAGCAGUCGACGCCGUGGGCUUACUUCAGCAAGACGGACAACAAACGACUUGA